UGCCCUCUCUCACCCCAUCCGAACCCGAAUGCUUACCCUAUUUCUAUGUUUACUUUCUUUCUACCCGGUCUGAAAUACCUUCAGUCAAAUAUUUUACCACCUCCCGAAAUGAAGUUGAAUCCAAUUGCUCAUCUCAUCUGCAUUUUCUGUGCUUUUGCAUGUGCAAAUGCCACAGUGGGACCAAUUCUUAAAGCGGUCAGAAUUACAACGGAGAAGUCAGAGGUCCUCAUUCCGGAUUUUGAAAUGUAUUCGGGGCCCAUUAUUUUCAACGAAACGUUGUCAGUCGAGUUUGAUCAGGACACGGAAAUGAACCUAGAACCUAACUUCGAACUCGACUUUGAACUUGAGGACAGCCUACCCUAAAAAUUUCUUCAUACCCUCGUGUUGCCUCUCAACAUAUCAGAGGAACGUCUUGAGCAAGAUAUGGACCACCAUGAACAAGCCAAAGAGCAAGUUCUCAUUGAAGAGUUCUACACUGAACCGUAUCCAAGUCAAUUCGAGGACAUACCGGCCACAACUGAACCACCCAUUGCAACUUCAACCCAAUCGUUUCCCAAGCCUUGUCAAACCAAGAUUUGCGAAAAAUGGGCCACUUACCUAUCUGGACCAAUGAACGUGGCCUUUGAUCCUUGCACUGACUUUGAGGGUUUUGUGUGCGGCAACUGGCCAAAUCUUUUCGAAACGCCACAAUUUAUCGCGUCUUGGGGAAUUUUAGAACAGCAACAAUACCUGAUCCAUAAGAUCAGCGCCUUACUCCUUCGAACCAGUGAAGAUGAGGAUUGGGAUCUGUUCCUUACGGCUAAGAAGGCCUUUCAGAGUUGCAUGGACCUGGAUGCCAUUGAGAGAAACGGAUACAAACUUUGGAAGGAAGAGGUGGAGGAUGCUAUUAAUGGAUUUCCUAUGGCGGAGGACUUUUGGCGCCAGGGAGUCUUUGACCCAAAUGUUAUGAUUGCAAAAACGCUGAGGUUGGUGGGAAGCAAUCCUUUGAUGAAUAUUCGAGUGGAAGAUCGAGUGAAUCUCACGAGCAAGAUCCAUAUUGAUCUGGCUGAGCUUAGCCUUCCAUUGUCUGUUCUGAAUGAUCACGAGAUGAAUUUGCACACAUUUGGAGCUUAUGUGAGGCUCAUGUAUAAUGUGGCCAGGCAACUUCACAAGGACGAAGAAAAAUACGAGGAGCGUAAGUUGGAUUCGGACUUUGGAGAAGGUCUUGCCACAUCUGAAGAUGCUGAACAAAAGCCCGAGCCUAACUUAGGAUCUGAGAGGAUUUACUCAUUGCCUAUUCUUCCGAACGCUAAAAGGCUCAUUGCAAAUGGAUCCGUGCUCGAAGAAGAGGACCCGCUGAUUGAGAACGAAGCUCAACGAAGAAAGCGCGGGAUCUUUGAUUUACUUCCUCGUGUUGAUGAGAAGACGGCGUCUACUAUGGAAUUCCAAAUGAUUGCAGAGCAGGUUCAAAAUCUGGCGGAAUUCAAAAUCGAUUUGGGUAAGAUGAAGUCGAUCUUUGACUCCCCCAACGAAGAGAUACCAUUCUCCCAAUUGAAGUCUUUGGCUUUGGACGACGACACUCCAUUGAAAUCGUUCAUGCCUCACUAUCUGGGCAAGCAUCAAUUCAAAUAUACGAAAAUUGACUUCGAAAUCCUGCUCCGAAAUGUGUUUCAGGACAUUGAGGGAUUUGACCCUCAUGAUUAUGUGUACGUAGUGAAUUCGAAGCAAAUUGAUGCCAUUCAAAAGGUGUACUCCCACCACGACAGAAAAACCAUUGCCAAUCUGAUUGGGUUCCACACCUUCCUCCAGGCCGUUGACCACAUGCCAGAGGUCUACAGAAACAUGCACGCCAAUUUUAGAAAAAUUUCCUUGGGACUAGAGCAAGAAAUGGAUCGGGAUGCCAUUUGUGGCAAAAUGAUUGUCAGCCAUCUUCCUGUAGUCAUUGCUCAUUUGAUGUACAACAAAGGAGCAGAUCGACGACAAUCUUGGGCACUGGCUAAGAUGGAAAGUGUGAUUCAUUCCUAUCUUCAGGACCAAGGGAUCCAAACGGAAAGUAACAAGUUUCCCGAUUGGUUGAUGAACAGGUCAGCUGUGGAUGAGUUCUACGACGGCAUUAAAUCUUCGGAAAUCGAAAUGGGAAACCAUCUGAAGAAUUGGGUCUAUCUCUCGUCGUGGAACUCCAAAAGGGAAUUACAAAAGUUGAGUUCGAAGCGAUUUGGAACGGACUGGAGUGCAAAAAAGUUACUCAGCACCAUCGAUUUACCAAUCGUUCCAAUCGAUUUGUUCCCCAAUUUCCUUUUGAAACAUCCUCUGAUAGACCAUCGAGCCCCAAAUUAUGCAAAUUUGGCAGGUUUGGGCUGGAUUGUACUCCAAAGAGAGAUCAACCAAAGUCACAACGUCAGCUCUAACUAUACUCAAGGAGACGUAAUCGGGCACAUGUUGGACAUUUUAGAUGGAUUAUCUCCCACGCCUUCUUCAGAUCCCCUGCCCGGAUUUGAGGUUUACUCCAAUCCGCAAAUGCUUUUGAUGUGGUUUGGUCGUGUGUGGGGGUGUGGCGGAACUCGUGCCACUCCUCCGUUCCUCACAAAAGGCCAAGCUUGGCGAGCGCAUAUGUUCAAAAGUCUGAAUCAUCAUGUGCAAGAGCAGUUUUCAUGUUCUCAGAGCUAUUAUAUGCCAAUGAGUUAUAAUGAAACUGUUUUUUAGAUUUCGUUUGAAAUAUUUGAGGUGAGAGCCAUGGACAAAAAUAAAGCUGUCAAGCCGUCUCGUUCACAAGUGUGUUUUCGUU